GGAAGAAUUUUUAUCCAGCAAUUCAAGCAGGUGUAGGAACUCUUCUUCAUUGGGUGAAACAUCGUCGAAUUCUAAUUUUUUCCGGGACUAUCGAUGGCCGCCACCACUAGCAGUGGGAAAAAGCGCAAAGUUUCGGCCCCGGCGAUUUUUACGGUCGGCAACAAUAGAAGUAGCGUCAACGGCGCUAAAAUUCUCAGUAGAGACGUAAGCAAAACGACUUCUGCCGUGCAGAUCACCCCCGUCAAAAUCACCAACGCUAGCGGGAAAACGAUCAGUGCCACCAGAACGGUCAACAUUUCCACAACAACAACCAUCACCAAGUGCAUCCGACCCAAGGGCUCGAACGCAGCACCGGCCCUAAACAUGAACCGCAAUUCCGAGAGCGAUAGCACCGCGAAAUACAUGGAGCGGCAAAUGCAGGGAGACAGAGCAUCCCCCAAGAAUAACUUCAAACGAAUCUCAUCGGCGGAAAAACGAACCACGGGGAGGGGGGGAACCGAGGUAAAAAUCUCCUUCGGUCCAUCGCGGCCCCCAUCCUCGUCGAACGGAAACGCCGCAAAAUCCAAACAAAGAGACAGCGGCGGUAGCACGAGCAGCGGCAACAGCAGCACCAUCAACAUGAGCCAAUCUGCUGCUGCAGCGGCCAGCAUGGCAGCCAUGAUGGGUGGCGAUUGCAGCAUGGGCGGUGUCAGCUUUGGUGACCUAGACCUCGAGGCACUGAAAGAGAAGGCGGCCGCCGCUGCUGCAGGMCAGAAAUCUUUUCGUAACAAACACGGCCUUCCUUGCACCGAGGCGGAAAUGAAAGCACUCAUGAGCAUGUUUGUAGAAAUUAUGGGCAUGUCCAUGAACAGCAGCAACAACAACAAUCACGGCGACAAGGGAGGUGGUGGUGCUUCGGGGAGCAGCAAUACCAACAGCGGCGAUUCAAAGAAAAGUUCCAGUUACAACUCCAAUUCAGGGUCUUCCCACAAAAACGAUAGCUGCCCUGUCUUCAGCUUUGGAGCAAAUCCGAUGGACACGUCCUCGAUUGCGGCAAUGGCUGCCGCGGCUACGGGAGCAGCUUCCGCUGGUAUGCUUCCGGAUCACAUGGCAGCGGCCACGGCUGGUUUCUUCGCUGACGGAGCAUCCUGGGAAGCCCUCCGACGCAAUUAUGCAGCGAGGGAAGACGAGGACGACGAAGACGAAGAAUCGUUCGAAAACCGGGAAUUGACGUUCGAAGAAGUGGAAUUUCUUCUCCACCAUCGCAAGCAGAAGGAGGAGGCCGCAAAGCUGGCUUCUCAGUUUGCUUCCGGGGACUGGGAGUCUCUGGAGCAAGUUGCUAUAAACGACCACCUGCUCUCCUCCGAAGCAGACGAUAGGGAGCGGAAGGCAGCCAAGAAACGAGAAAAGAAGCAACGAAGAAAGGCAAAAUUAAAAGAAGAGGCGGCACAGAAAGCAGCAGAAGCAGCCCAAAAGAAACGAGAAAAAUCUAUAGUGUCGUGGAGAAGUCGGGUAGUUUCCGCGUGUCAAUCGAACGAGGUUACCAAGUUGGAUGGGUUGCUACAAGAGUCCCCUCUGCGGAAACUGAUGGAAGAGCAGAACAGCAAUAAAAACAGAAACAAGAACGACAGUAACGACAACACAACACACCCAUCAACAUCUUGUAUAAUACCCCACUUGGAGUUUUUGCUACCGAAUUCGGUCGCAAAAAAUCGAGCACAGGUCGAGAGAGGCAUAGAGGCCAGAUUGCGGCUCGCAGAUUAUGUGCUCCAUACUGAACUACUGUUGGCCUUCAAACCAUUACGGACCGGAAGAACCGCCCUCCAUACAGCGUGUUUUCACGGAGACGUGAGGUUUUUGCAGCUCCUUUUUGACAAGGUAGAAAUAUACGAGCCAAGUGAUGGGAGAGAUCCUUUGCCAAGCUCGUUUUUGGAUUUAACAUGUGACGAGUCUGGAUGGUCUCCGCUGCAUUAUGCAGCGGUAUCUGGAUCGUCCGAGGUACUGGAAUUGUUGCUGGCCAAGGGAAGUAAUUUGUCGACUCUUACGGAUGUCACCCACACAUGGAGAGAAAGCGAUGGGGUAGGCCUGACACCCCGGGAACUAGUGCAGUGUGUGCAAGCUUGCAACUAUGAAGAAGUUAUAGAGACGCAUGGCUUGGCUUUGCAAGAAAUGACGAAUGCAUUUUUCAACCAUCACCAGGAACGCAGGGUUUUCCUGAAGAAGUUAGAGCGUGUGCAUCACAGGUUGUCGAGUAUCGAAAAACAUGGUUACUCACCACUUUCGUCGAACGACAAAGCGGAGAAUAAUCGUGAGGCCGAAGCAAAUACCGGGGACGGAAAAGUGAACCAAUCCGAAACUUCUGCUCGAAACAAGAAGAAGAAAAAAAAGAAGAAGAAACAGAAUGGGAAAGACGCAGAAUCCAGAGCCGGAGGAAAUAAUACAAGCAAUCAACACAACUCGGCUUUGGAUCAUUCGAAUGCGGCAACAGUAGAAGAGAAGGAAGACCCGCUUGUCACGGCACUUUUGGGUAUGGGAUUCGCCGAAAGCCAGAUCAUGGCAGCCGUCAAGGCCUGUGGUGGAACGCAUCGUGCAACAGCCGACGAUCUCGUCACGUGGAUUUUAGGACAAGGCGAAACCGAAGAAAGCGCUAACGAAGCAACGAGAAUCCCAGAUGGAACGGACCAGCUGCAGCAAGAAAAUGCCGCAUACGAUCGCACACGGACAGAAGAUUCGCUGCCAACUAACGAAAAAGAACAGCAGAAACAGCAACUCGAGGCCGUCCGCAAACAGGAAGAGGCUGCGCGCAGACUAGCAGCAAAACGCGAAGAAGCUAGGCGUCGAAACAGGGAGUGGAACAAUCGAGAACAGGCACGGCAGCAAAAGGAAGCGAAGGCAAAAGUCGCUCAGAAAUUCUUCAAUGUCCCCCGUCCUGCGGUGCCGCUUCCUGUUCCAAAACCAAUGGCAACACCCGACCUGCCCGUACCUAAUGUUUCGAAAUUGAAAGGACCUCCUCGACAGCCUAAGCUAACAACCGGUACAUCGGGAUUGCCAAUUGGUGGUAACAAAUGGGGAGUUCCACCGAUAAGUGCUAAUCCAAAACCGUUUCCUGUCUCUGCUAACCAAUCUAAAAGCAUUGGUUCAAAGCCAACAUCUUCAGCGGCUCCAACACCACCGACGGCAACUGAACAGCAUGCAUUGCCUGUUUCGAGCUUCCUCGCUUCUCUCGACGACGACAAAACGGUAUCAUCGUUCGGUAGCAGUAGGACCAUGUCCGUGUCGUCGAAGGAGUUUGUUCCCAUUGCUUCCCAGCCAUCUGUACCACCUCCAGGGUUCUUGUCAACAUCGGCUGCGCCUAUUUCAGCUGCUACUAGAUCUCUUGUACCCCCCUUGUCAGAAGGCCCCAUGGGAGCUCCAUUUUCGCCAGAAAGUCGGCAGGGAGAAAUACGAGCUACCGCAAAGGAAUUCGUGCCAUCGUUUACAAUACCGGGUAGUGUAAAUCCUAGCGCUUCCCUACAGAAAGACUUUGCUCCUUUGAACGAUCUUGUUGGGGAGCCCCAGCCUUCUGAAUCACACGGUGUAGGAUUUCCACCCGGUAUAUUACCGCAACAUGGUGCGUCGAAGGUGGGCCAUACUAGCUCCCUUCUUGGACCGAGCCUUCAGAGUUCUUUUGACAAUGUACGACCGAUGAAUUCUGGAGCCGCAGAUACAAUUCUGUCAGGUGCUUCGUUUGUGGAUGGACCAAAGUCGGAGGAACCCCCAAUGUCGAUUCCUUUUGGAUUUGGUCAGGCCGAUUCGAACGAAAGCAACGACAUUGGUGGCUCUAGGCUUCUGAAUUCGAUUUCCAGGAACAGGUCCACCGGAUCGGCAUCGAUCUGGGGAGAUGGCCAGCAGAUCUCCUCGCUGGAAACCACUCUACAGCCUUCCUUCUUUGGUGACGGAACGACAAACGAGUCGGACGACAAUCAAAAGAGUAUGUUAUGGAACGUUUCAACGGGUGGCAAUUCUAGCUUGCCGAACGGUGGCGGUCAGGGAUCGAUUUGGUAGACAGAAAUGUGCUGUAACAAUGUCGUAACGACUGUAUUUACAAUCUUCUAGUUCCUUUUUCUGAAUCGUACCGCAGGAGCUGCUGUUACUGUAACGCACUUCGUAGAGUACCUGGUACCACAGAUUGCCUUUUAAAAAAGGCGCAGUUCGUAA